AUGGGAGAUAACAAAGACACGGCGAUGUUGCAAAUGAUGAAAUUGCUGCAAGAGCAAAUGGAGUUAACGAGGAUUCAGGCGGAGGAAGGGAGGAAGCAAACGGCAAAGUUUGCGGAGUUGGUGGAGCGAUUGUCCGGAAACGCGCAACAGUCAACAAAGUUGGAAAAGGUAGAGGUUAGCGAGGCUUCCAUUAUAGCAUCAUUAGCUGAGCGGAUACCAACAUUCGAUUUCAAUCUUGAGGAUAAUCGCACGUUUCCGAAAUGGUACAAUCGUUAUUCAGAAAUGUUAAAAGGAUUAUCGGAAGACGGGAAGCGCCAACUGCUAUUGGAGAAGCUGUCUGAACCCUGCUAUGAGCAACUGGUGGCUGCGCUAAGACCGAAAAGUUGCAUUGAGCUAAGUUUUGAGGAGCUAACGGAAACUUUGUCGAACAUAUUCGACAUUAAACGGUCUCUUUUUGCAUAUCGGAAGUUCUUACCGGUAAGGGUAAAGGGCCAGUGGAUCGAUUUCCAAGUGGAUACCGGAGCCGACAUUACCUUGAUCGGUAGAGUCGAGUGGGAAAAGUUGGGAAAACCAACUUUGGAAACAGCUGACGCCAAAGUCAUAUGUGCAAAUGGAUCCACAAUGGAAAUAGACGGUCGAUUCCAUACUGAUUUUGAACUAAAAGGAUCCACCGGUCAAGGUUGGAUAUAUGUUCGAAAAGAAGGAAACCUGCUUGGAUUAGAUUUUAUCAAUCAAUCCGAACAUAUGGCGUACCAUAUGGAGCGAAUGGUAAGCCAGGUCGAAUCUGUAAAAAAGGAUAGGGCCAAAGAAUUACAAACAAGAUUCCCAUCCGUGUUCCAGGAAGAGCUAGGAACUUGUGUCAAGGAGAAGGCCCACCUGGAAGUGAAAGAAGGGGACGAAGACAUCGUAAUCGCCGAAGUCAAGGUGUUAAAUGUGGAUUAUUUGGCUGAAGGGGAAGCGACAGCUACGGAUAAGGUGUUGAAAACCGUCAUCAAAUACUGGAAAUCGAAUAAUUGGCCAAGAAGAAAUCCAGUGAAUGAUCUGUGCACCAAUCAGUCGAGUUCAAGCAGUGACAACGACAAUACCCAUUCGCCACCGGACAAGCCAAAGUCAAACGAACAUCCCAACCAGAAGUCUUGCCAUGGACAAAGUCAACCCUCAAGUUCAAAACAUCGUCACAGUCAAAUACCAGUAGCAAUCGCAAAGGAGUCAGCAGGAUCAACACGUCCCCCUGAGGAUAGUAGAUCUAUGUCAAAUGUAUGUGACGCGCUAGGUAGCCAGCGUACGGUGUGUGUUAAACCCAAGAUUGAACCGAACACCCAGGCAGGCCCUGAGGAUCGUGCCAAGGACAAGUCAGGUUACGACGCAGUGCAAGAGUUCGGAAACCCAUCGUACGAUUUGAUCCCAGUCCACAAUGAAGACCCAACUUAUAUCAGUCAGCAGCCAUAG